AUGGAAGCGAUUCGGGCCGCGGAUCCCUAUCGUGGACUCGACCCGAUUCACGUUUUUCCUCCAUUUUCAGCGCUGACCCGAAGAGAGAAGGCGAAACGAGUGCUGGUGAACCUGCUGAAGACGGCAACCAUCGUCGGCCUGUUGUAUCUGUUCGUGUGCUCCUUGGACCUGCUGUCGUCGUCCUUCAGACUGAUCGGAGGCAAGGCGGCAGGGGACCUGUUCAAAGACGUGGAGGUGUUGAGGAAUCCCAUCGUGGGGGUGAUGCUGGGGAUCCUGGUCACGGUCCUCGUCCAGAGUUCCUCCACCUCCACCUCCAUCGUGGUGUCCAUGGUGGCCGCGGGGAUCCUCACCGUCCCGGACGCCAUCCCCAUCGUGAUGGGCGCCAACAUCGGCACUUCCGUCACCAACACUCUCGUCGCCCUCGUCCAAUUGCAAGACAGAAACCAAUUCCGACGGGCCUUCGCCGGCGCCACGGUCCACGACAUGUUCAAUUGGCUCACCGUCAUCGCCCUCCUCUUCGUCGAAGUCACGACCGGUGAGAUUCCCUACCGGAAUGGGAAUGCACGUUACCUGGAGAAACUCACGGGGACGAUCGUGGCUUCUCUGGAAGCGCACAACAGUACAGGAGGAAACGUGGAGUUGCUGAAGGUCCUCACGAAGCCCUUCUCCGCGGCCAUCGUCCAGGUCAGGCUGGAUCUCUUCGCAUUCUCCUUCCUCUUUCGCGCUCGAACCCCACUUCCUUGCUCUUCCUUCUCUGAGCAUUCGGAAGGGUGGAACGUGGAUCCCUGCUCUUUCUUUCAGUUGGACAAGAACGUCCUCAUGGCGUGGUCGGUCAAAGAUUCCGCUUAUGCCAAAUAUGCAAACGCCACGUCCUUGCUGAAAUCUUGUAAGAAGUUGGAAAUCGUGACGACCGUCAUCGAUACUCCUUCGGGUCCUCGAAACGCGACGGAACUCAUCACCAAGGGAAAAUGCUAUCUCUUGGACGAGAUGGGGCUGGACGACGUGUACGUGGGGCUGAUCCUCCUCGUUUUUUCCAUCCUCCUCCUUUGCGGAUGCCUCAUCGCCAUGGUGAAAAUCCUCCAUUCCUUGUUUCAAGGUUCCAUAGCACGGGUGAUAAGGAAUACGAUCAACGAGGACAUCCCCUACGUGCCCUGGUUGACGGGAUACCUUGCCAUCCUGAUCGGCUGCGGACUGACCGUCAUCGUCCAAUCCAGUUCCGUCUUCACGUCCGUCCUCACUCCUUUGGUGGGAUUGGGUGCGAUCAGAAUAGAACGAAUGUAUCCCUUGACCCUGGGAUCGAACAUCGGGACGACGACGACGGCCUUGCUGGCCUCUCUUGCCGCAGACGCAGAGCGACUCCGACCGUCGAUCCAGAUCUCCCUCUGUCAUCUCUUCUUCAAUCUCAGUGGAAUCGCCCUCUUUUACGUCGUCCCGUUCAUGCGCUUCCCCAUUCACCUAGCGAAGAUCCUCGGGAACACUUGCGCAGAUUACCGCUGGUUUGCAGGUUUCUACCUGAUCUUCUCGUUCGUCCUGUUACCGGUUACGGUGUUCGGCCUCUCCCUUGCCGGCACCAUCCCUCUCGUCGUCGUCGGUCUCCUCGUCGUCGCCACCCUAGCCUUCGUGAUCGCCUUGAAUUUAUUCCAGAGAAAGUGUCCCGAGUCGCUACCGAAGAUCUUGCGGACUUGGCACUGGUUGCCGGAACCCCUCCGGAGCCUGGAACCCUACGACCGAGCGAUUGGGAAGAUGUGCUUCUGUUGUAAAUGCUGUGCGGUCGAGAUCGGAGGCGCGGAAGAAAGGAAACCCGUCAUAGUCGCCAGUUCCAGGGCUUCCAGUUCCACUUCCACAUUGGAAUCCAUGAAUCCCAACAUGGAAUCCACGCCCGUAUGAUCCCCGAUCCUCCCUUUCUCGUUUUGCGAUCCUUCUCGGACGCAAUCCUGUCGUGUCUGUCAUGUGAUAACCCGAAGAUUCUACGGCUUUUCUCCGCCUUUCCCGAGAGGGUUAGCAUCGCACAUUCCUCUGCGAAAAACCAUCGCGGAAACUACAGUUUAACGAUUUAGCCUCGCGAUCGUGAACGAAAAAAGACGGACUCGUAGUCCAAGCUAAGAUCUCGGUAGCACAGGUCGUAUUGGUAAACGAGAAAGGAAGUCUGCCCCCGAAAGAGUACCCAUUAGCCAAAAGAGUUUUCCUCCAUGCGCUCUGCUCAUUCCAUGUGCCAAUCAUCUUGAACGAUGUAACGACGUCGUGCCUUAGCGAUCGACACCCCUUUGUGACCCCCAGCACAAGAUCUCCGAGGAGUUUCUGGAUAACCACUCCCGGUCAUCGUUUGUUUCCUGUUGCUACGUGAACGGUUUCCGUUGCCGGCAUUCACUCAUUUUAUCCACUAUAUUAGGAAAAGUUUAUUUUCGAGAACACCGUUGUCAACUAAAUCACUUUCUUGGACGUUUUCCAUAUGCCUCGGUGUGAAUAAAAACUCAGUUUCUAUUUUUCGGUAUGAUUGGAGCCCUGCAUCUUUACGAGUUGUCGUCUCCGAGCUCACCGCACGAACCGAUGUCCCCGAAUAGACGGUACGUAGAACGAGGGGUGGGGUUCGUUCUCUGCUCGUCCGACCCUUCGGAAGAAGGACCCGAAGAUGGAAGUGGGUUCGACGAGUACAGUGAGCUCUUCAUCACCACCUUCUUCAUCAUCACCACCAGAGCUUCGCCAUGCACACGAUGAAGAGAGAAAAGUGGUAGUGCGUGCAUCAACGUCAGUGUUCCUGGUUCACGUUUAGAGGUGUAUCUGUCCUCCAACAUUUGGAAUACGUGACCAGUGCAUUUCAUCGAUCCCAUAAUAUAAAUAUUUCCUGCAUGUUUAGGAGGUAGCUAGCACCUCCUGUAAAGUUUAGUGAAGGGUUCAAUGCAUAAAUGAAGAAACUUACCUAUAGUUACUGCUCGCACAAGAGAUGCAAUUGAAGCUCUUCUCUCACUGCACUUCUUCCAGGUUGCC